AUGCCUAGGUAUACGAGGUUCUUGAAAGAGAUUCUAACCAAUAAGAGAAAGCUUGAGGACUUGGGACUUGUGACAUUAGAUGAGGAGUGCUCAACCAUUCUUCAAAACAAGCUGCCAUUAAAGAUGCGUGAUCUAGUGAGUUUCAUUGUUCCCCAUAUUAUUAGUGAUUUGCAUAUUAAUGAUGUUUUAGCUGAUUUAGGAGCUAGCAUCAAUUUAAUGCCUAGCAGUUUGUUUGAGAAAUUAGGUUUGAGUGAGCCUAAACCUACUAGGAUGAGCAUACAGUUAGCAUAUAGGACUGUGAAAUUUCCUAAGGGAAUAGUUAAAGAUGUACUUAUUAAGGUAGACAAGUUUAUAUUUCCUGUUGAUUUUGUUGUUAUGGACAUGGAAGGUGAGAGUAGCGUGCCUUUAAUUCUAGGUAGACCUUUCCUUCCAAUAUCUAGGAUUGUUAUAGAUGUGUGUGAUGAGAAGUUACAGCUUAGAGUAGGUGAUGAGACUAUUACCUUUGACCUUAGCACUUCUAUGAGACAUUCACUUGACCAUGAUGAUACUGUAUAUCCUGUGGAUGUUUUGGAUGAUAUUGUGGAGUCUCAAUUACAGGAGAUAUUACUUGAUGAUCCUUUGCAGAUAGCAUUAUAG